UCGUGUCCUUUGGCCUGGCCCAAUUUGCUAAGGGUUACUAAGUUUUUGAUCGACCAAUUUGAAGGAUAUAUAUGUUCUGAAGUAGCAAAUGUAUAAAUUUUCAUGGUAAAACCCAAGAAGCAUUAUUAACUCCACAUGUAUAUAGCCUUCCCAUAAUUAAACCGUGUUUUUUUUGACACAAAAUCAGAACGCGGGAAAGAGAGGAAGAUCGUGGGAAAAUACGCGCGCGCGCGUUCCGUUCCCACUUCUCAUGCGCCGUACAAAAGGCCACCUCAUCCACUCGCCACAUCGUCUUCCACUCCACCACCCCCACAACACUACACCUCCCUCGAUCCCUGUAUGCCAAGGACAAUGGCCGGCGGCUACUGCACGCGGGAGCUCGAACAGGUUGCCAGCCAGCUUUUGCCGCCGGAGAUCAUCGCGGAAAUCGGCAUCGUAGACGACACUGUGAAGAACUCCGCCGCCACCGCCUGCCGCAGCCACGCCGUCAUCGAGGGGCUCGCCGCGCAUCUCGCCAGCAUCCUCAGCCUCGCCGGAAAGAGAACCCAACACCGGCCUCGUCCGGCGAUUGCAGCCCCACACAACCAACACGUCAGCAGAGUCCUGAAGACCAAUGGCGGCGGGAGUAUGGGCCAUGUCGCACCGGGUUCCGGGAAGAACGACGACACGGUUCUUUGUCCUGGAACUGUAAAGAUCUUUGCGACGCCGGUACCCGCUCUACCUGCCGGCGCUAACCUGCUGCCGGAGAGGCGUCAGAAUGGAAGAAGCGGCACCGGCGUUUUCUUGCCGGCGAGGCGUCACAACGGGAGCGGCGGCACCGGCGUGUUCAUGCCCCUUGCAGGCGCGUACCGUACAAGGCCGUUCAAAUCCCCCAGCAGCAAGGGUCCGAAACCGCCGCGGCUGAUGAGGAAGGAGGCGCCAAUGCCAAUGAGUCGGCAGGAUGCAAGGCAGCCGUGUUUCAAGCCCUUUCUGCCCUGAGGCCUGAGUUCCCCUUGCUGCCACAAUAAUGGACGUACUGACUGAGAUCAGGAUCAAGUUUUGGAUGCAUCAUGUCUGAUUUGCGCUUAAGGGUUCUGAGUUUUAGCGAACACACAACAGGAAAGAAAAAUGUCACCUGAUAUUUACCUAGAUUCUGUGUAUUGCCUCUUCAAUAUGAAAAAAAAAAUAUAUUUGUACUAGUAGUGCAGUAAAGUUACCAAUUCUCCAGUCAGCUACAUUGUUAGAGCGAAAAAAAUGCGUUUUUUUCCCGUAAACAGAUAUAUGAUGUAUGGCUGGCAGAAUGUAGGAGGGUAAUUCGUCAGGAAAGAUGUGAAGUUACCAACUCACUCAUACUAGUACUCUAGACUUCUAAGCAUCUAUUUUAACUUUUCUGUGGCAUGUUUCCUAGCAGCAGAGGAACCUACUCGUUAAGCUGAACUGAUUUAGACAUGGAUAAGGAGAGGCUCACACUGUGAUUUUUGUUUUUCCUUCUCUUUGUCAGGAUCUUGCUGUGCCAAAGCUUGGAGUAUGUAAUAGCCUAUGUAUAUCAGUUUUGUCAAGAUAUUGAUUUGCUGCAGCAUUGCUUGGUAUUUGAUCCAUCUCUGCUCUGCCUUUUUGAUGGUGACGACUGACGAACCUGCAGCAGCAUCCGUUGUGGCCUCAGGCCUGUAUGCUGUGCUCCUUGGAUGGUGCUGGCUUUAACUACCUAUCAAUCAAGAAAGAGAGGGAUCAAGUAGCAAGUCCACCUAUGCUUGCAGAGAUGACGACUGUCUCCAUUGUUAUCAAUACAGGGGAGAUUCGAGAGCUGAAAGGAACAGCGGGCAAGAGAAAGCGUUCUACGAAAAAUGGAGUAACACUUUGCUAAUUUUUUUAAUGUUGUGCUUAUGUUGGAAUAAGGAGCGGCUCGCAUCAUGGUCCUUGCCCUUCUCUUCUUCUGGGGAUUACUGUAUGAAGGUAUCUAGAAUGUAGUAGCCUUGCUACUUUACUUCUCUUUGCAUGUUCAGUUGCUGAAGCAUUGCUUGGUUUGUGCUGUGCCUCCUCGACAGUGACACGAACCCGCAGAAGCCCCCAUUGGUGUAAUUGUAAUAUAUGUGUACGCUAUUUUGA